AUGGAUGACGACAUUUCGCAUUUCAACAAACUAAUAAUGCACACAGCUAAAAUAAGCCUGGUACUGUCAAAGAAAAAAUGGAAAAACACUAAAAACAGCAAACCGUGGUAUUACAAUACAUGCAGACAGUUAAAGAAACAAUUACAACACCUUGCAAAGAAAAUGAAUCCUACAACUCAGAGAUCUUUGCAAAAGGAAUAUUUUGCCCUUAAAAAGAAAUAUAAAAAACAGGUCAAAUUGAUGUAUAAGAAAUACAAAAGUAAUCUUAUUAAUGAGAUAAAUGCAUUAAGUUUGGAACGCAGUCAAGACGUUUGCAGGCAGAUCAACAAACUCCGAAAAGAAAGUACGAUCGAGAAGAAACCCUCAUAUCUCCGGAAGCAUGGAUACAACAUUUUCGACAAUGACUUUAUGAUAACAAUGAAACAAAUGAAAAUACAAAUUUUGCAAAUGACUCGGACGAAACAGAAAAUUUGA